AUGGCGGAGACCAUCAAGGUGGCUGUGCGCGUGCGGCCACUUGUUCAGCGGGAAAUUGAAGCUGGUGCCACCAUAGCAGUAGCAGUUCACAACAAUGCCGUUGCCGUGAAUCACGCUGGCCAGCGGAGGACAUUUGGGUUUGAUCAUGCUUACUGGAGUGUCGAUCCCAAAGACCCGAACUUUGCCAACCAGGAGCAAGUCAACACUGACAUUGGCAAACCGUGCCUGGAGAAUAUGAUCAAAGGCUACAAUUUCUGUGUGUUCGCAUAUGGCCAAACAGGAGCGGGCAAGACCCAUACUUUGAGCAAUUCUCCUACUAAAGAGAAGCAGAUGGGCCUUAUCCCUUAUGUGUUGGAGGGGCUCUUCACGCAACACCGUGCAAAGUUCAAAAAUGACGAGCUCAGGAUUUGGAUUUCCUUCAUGGAGAUCUACAAUGAGCAGAUCCGCGAUUUGCUCAGUCCAGGUCGUGAGACCACAGAUCUCAAAGUGAGGGACCAUCCGGAGUUCGGUGCAUAUGUUCCUGGUCUCACAGAAGCUCCCUGUAGCGAGAUCAGCGACGUGAAGAGCUUGUUGGACUUUGGCACCAAAAAGCGCGUCACAGCUGCGACAAAUAUGAAUGCGGGAUCAUCCAGAUCACAUGCAGUCUUCACAAUCCGUGCACAACGUCUUACAGGACCGAAGCCUACCACUGGAAACAAGAAGGACGAUCGGAAGUCCUUGAGCUCCCGCGUGAACUUGGUGGAUCUUGCUGGCUCAGAGCGUGUCGCCAAGAGUGGGGCAGAUGGGCUCCGAUUGCGAGAAGGUUGUGCCAUCAACCAGUCACUUACUGCCCUAGGUCUUGUGAUCAAACAGCUGGCCGAGAUUCAACAAGAGCCAAUUAACAGGCGUCGCAGACUGAGCGUGGACGAGAGAACGAAGGCCAUUCCUUUUCGAGCUUCGAAGCUUACCUUCUUGCUGAGAGAGUCCUUGGCGGGAAACUCCCGGACGUUCAUGGUCGGUGCGGUGUCCCCUGCCUCCAUUUGCGCUGAUGAGACCAUCAGCACGCUACGGUUUGCAAGCUCUGUGAAGCGUGUGAAGACUGUAGCGCUGCAGAAUGUCAACAAAAAGCAAGAAGCUGUUGCAUCAUUGCAGGCUGAAGUUGCAAGGCUGGCUGAGAUGUUGCACAAUGCUGGGGCACAGGGAGCUGGCGACGUGAUGCACGUUCGCAGACCUCGGGGCGAUGUGCGCGAUGAGCGUGGCGUGGCAUCAAUUAGACGCUCCUCUCCAAGCGCUCCCGGGCGAAUGACCAAAGCAAGCCCAACUCCCAAGGUGUCAGCCAAGGCGCAGAGGAGACCCGUUAAGUCUGCGCCGGGUUUGCGUCCAUGUGAUAACAGCGAGGUCACAAAGUUUCUGCAACAGAUUGGUUUGCCUCAAUACGCUGAAGCUCUUUACAACAGCGGCUUCGAAGACAUGGAAACGCUGGUUGAUAUUGAGGAAGAUCACAUGCGAGAUUUGGGCAUUCUUCCUGGCCAUCAAGUCAAGCUUCGCAAGAGGCUGGACGAGUUUGAGGCUGGCGUUCCAGUGGUGCAAAUCAACCAGAGAAAAGCUUUGGGAGACUGGGAAGAGGAAGAUGACUAUCCUGCUGUACCUGUGCGCAUUGCUCCGUCCAUGACACUCCUGAAGGGUGCAACUCCAAGCGAGAAGCAAAUCAGCUCCGUCCAGUUGAGCUGGAAUCAUUUGAAGGAGAUUGGCACACCUGUUGUGGCUGAAUAUUUUUGCAAGAAGAUUCUUGAAAUUUCUCCAGAGAUCAAAGACUUGUUUCCUCCAUCUGUGCGAUGUAGAUAUCGUGAUUGGUCAACGGACGAGGAGGAGGAUGAGCGAUGCUUGGCGUCCUCUCCGGCCUUGCGCCGGCUCUUCGGCCGCGUCAUCGAUGCCGUCGGGAGCGCAGUGGCAGGGAUGCAGGACAUGAACAGGAUGGUGCCGGCUUUGACCGAACUGGGUUUGCGCCAUGUGAAUUACAACGUGAAGGAGGAGCACUUUCAAGUCUUUGAGAAGGCUCUGAUGAUCACCCUUCGUGAAGGUCUUGGCGACCUAUUCACCAAGGAAGUGGAAUUUGCAUGGAACAUGGCCUUCAACUUCAUGAGUGCCACAAUGAUAUCCGGCCUUCGCUCGGCACAGAGCGCUGCCCGCUCCCAGCAGACUGAGCUAAGCAAAGAGCCAAACAUGAGCACGACAGCCACUCCGACAGAAACUCCUUCCUCGGCGAGUGGCUCUGGCCGAGGGAGGCUGAGAGCUCAAGACGCCGCAAGUACGCCCUUCGGAGUUGGCACAGAGCUGCAUGGCAAGGAGCCAUACCGAAUAGAGAGACACCUGCAGAAGGCCAUUUUUGGCGAUGUCUUUGAGGUCUUAGGCCUGGAGAGCCAGCGGCGCUUGGCAGUGAAGGUGACCGAGCUUGAGAAGAUGCGCUUGCAGGCGAAGCAUCAAGCCUUGGUGGAAUCACCGUUAUGUGAGAUUCGCUUCGCGGAGAUGAUGAAGGGUUUGGACAAUGUGAUUCAGCUGGAGGACACUUUUGGAGAUGAUGAUAGGCAUUAUGUGGUGAUGGAGUUGGCCUCUGGGGGUGACUUAAUGGAGGCUUUGGAGCUCCGCCACAGCGGCUUCCAGGAAGAGCAUGCCAAAAAGCUCAUUCUGGACGUUGCUAGAGGCCUGGCCAGCCUCCAUAUGCGAGGUCUUGCAAUGCAGGCUUCCAACUACCUCGCCUGCCCCGCUCAUGACCACCCCUUGGCGGCGACCACCUUCUUUCUGGGGUUGGCUUCUGGCUUCUGUUUUUCGCUUCCUCCUUGCUCGAGUUUGUGCUUCGCCUUUUGUUGCUCCACCAUGAUCGCGAAGGCUGCUCUCAGGUGUGAGAACAGAACUGAUCCAGGUAGCUCAUCUGCCCAGUGCCCAUUGGAUUGGCCCCGUCUGAUCCCACAGUGAUCGCUGAAGAGUGCCCAUCAUACAUCGAGCUUCAAGCCUCUUGUGUUGCAGCUAGCGUGCGCGUGCCGCCCCAGAAGCGGUGCAAAAGUCCUGCGUUCGGUUUCUAAUCUCAAUUUCUGCUGAGAUUUCAAGGUGAGGGGCAUGGGCAUACUGUUUGCUGCCCAGUGGAGUUGGUCUGCGACCAUCCAGGUCCAUGAUGAUCAGUUUGCAAUGGCCCGAGGACAUGGGCCAGGGGCGCCUUAGCGAAAGAGCAGCUGGAGGUAGUGGCUGACAGAGCAGAGUCGUCUGCGCUGGCUCAGGCUACUGUCGUGGAGGCUGCAAGGGUCUCCAGGCCUUCAGAUUGGGAGGAUGCCUGGUGGGAAGGUUUGCUUGCAGGCAUAGACUUGCACCUUCCAUCAGACGUCCCCUGGAACAAGUUUGGGACAGGAGUAGACAAUAUCCAGCUUCAGGGUGACUUAUACAGAGGCGUUGCAGCUUUGGAGCUGGGGUCCUCGCGGCCUCGUUUUGAGACGUGGUCAUUGGAUACCGCGUGAUGAGCAUUUACAGCCAGGAGAUCACUGCCGCUGAAGGUUCAAGACAGAAGUUCUUUUGCUUCCAAGCCCAUCCUUGAAUGCAAUCGCUUGAAAGAGUUGGGCAUGAGGAAGAGUUGGGCGCUGUGCCUACUGUUUCGAGCUGACCAUAAUCUGAAUGAACUGUGCGUGCAACUGCAAAAGCAGAAGGAAAAAACUGCAAACAGUGUGGAGACUGAGUCAUAACUUUUGUAAACAUGUUCAUAUAUUUAUGUGUUUAUAUUUCAUCAAACAGAACUUGUACUAGCGUAAUGCAAUGUAAC